AUGUCAGAAGAAGCGUCUUCUGUUGGAAAGUUUGACCAUGACAACGGUCAACAAAUUAAAGACGAGGAAUUAUUUAAAAAAUUCUUGGAAAGAUACAGAAAAGUUUUUCAAUUUGAACAAAACCAUCCUGGAAAGGAAAUAUCACUAAGUAUUAGUGGUGAGAGAGUGUUAUUUCAUGUUGAGACGCGUGAGGUACCUUAUCAAGCAGAUAAAAGCAAUAUGAACGAGGACGAGUGGAGAGCCGCUAUUAAGUGGAUUGAGAAACAAGAAGGAGAUGGUCCUUGGGUAGUCUCACCAGGAGAUGAUGACCAAAAAUCUGUGUCUCAGGAAGAUGAGGAGACAUUAUUAAGAGAUGCGAUUGAGCGUGGAGAUGAGGCCGAGAGAGAGAGAUGCGAGAAAAAGAGAUGUGACAAAGAAAGUACUCUGUUAAACAAAGCAGACUUAUCCCAAGGAGUUGCAAAAAAAAAUGAAAUUGAAGCGCUACCUGGUACUGCUUCAUAAAUUGUGGAGAGUAACACUAAUAAAGACGACGUGUUAUCUCUGGUGAGGCAAUUUUGCGAAUCCUCUACCAAUAUGAUGAAGCAAUGCCAGGAAUCUCUGUUGGGUGCUCAGGCAGCUGUUGCUAAAAUGGAAACAAUUCAAGGUUUGAUUAUUGACGAGUUCAAUAAACAAAAAGAUGUUUUUGUUAAACAAACAAAAACCCUUGAAGACAAAAAUAAUGAGAUCCGUAAGCAAAUAA